AUGGUUUCCCUGCGGCGAGUCGUCGCAGCCACCAGUUCGGCUACGAUCCGGCUGUUCACCUUCAUAUUUCUGAGAUGGAUCCCUGGGUAUCCGUUCGCACCUAUUGUCUUCACAUCCUUGGUGAUUUAUCUAUCGUCGCUCUUUUCACUGGCUAAAGAUCAGCCAUCUGGUGAUCGCCCCGAGAAGGGCGGGAAACGCUCCACCAAAGAGCGUGCUAAAGAUUUGAAUUCAUCUGAUUCCGGCGAUUCCGCGUUGAAGACCCUUCUGACAGGUCUCCCUUCCAAGCGGUCGCCAAUCUGGACGUGGAUUACAGCACUUAUCAACGUCGGAGUGGCUUUACUGGCACUUGAUUUCUUGGUUCGAGGCUUCCUAGUCUAUCCUACCAAUGAUGUUACAUUCUCACGCAUCGGUUAUGUAUCGCCGACUACCGCUAAAUUGGUCUUCCGAGAGCCCGACACGACUCAAUUACCUAUAGUGGUCUCUUACCAAGAAGCCACCCAGGACAAUCGGAGAUGGAUCCCAGAAGGUACUGUCUACAAGCUAGACAACAGUACAGAUUUCACAGCUGCAGUGACAUUGAAGAAUCUGAAGCCUGGGACCCACUAUCGAUACUCGUUGUCGAACAACAAGACAGGCAAUUUUGUAACAUCCCCACGUCCAGGAUCCGCCGAUGCAAACAAAAUAUCUUUCGUCACAUCAAGCUGCCUGAAACCAAACUUCCCAUACAGUAUUUUGUCGCAUCCACUGCGCGUUCCAGGAAUUGAACAAAUGACCGAAGCACUUGGAAAGCUACCAUCACUCCUCAAACCAUCUUUCAUGCUCUUCCUCGGCGACUUCGUCUACAUCGACGUACCCAUCCGAUUUGGCGCUUCAAUGGAUCACUACCGCAGCGAAUACCGAAGAAUCUACUCAUCUCCCUCAUGGUCCUUUAGCUCGGGAAACACACCGGCAAUAGACCUCCCCUGGAUCCACACUCUAGACGACCACGAAAUCGAAAACGACUGGUCUAAGGGUAACAAAACCGCUCCCUACCCAGCAGCUGCCGACCCAUACACCCACUACCAUGUCAGCGCGAACCCGCCUGUGCCCGCGAAAGCCUUCGCACACCCAGACGACGUCACCUAUUUCUCUUUCGUGAAUGGGCCCGCUUCAUUCUUCAUGCUGGAUACCCGCACAUAUCGUUCCGAGCCAUCAAAGUCAAACUCAACUAUCCUCGGAGUUUCACAGCUCCAAUCACUUCUGUACUAUAUCUCCACCCCCGAACCAGCAGGCGUUCAUUGGAAGAUCAUCUCUUCGAGCGUCCCAUUCACUAAGAACUGGCAUGUCGGCAACGCAGAUACAUGGGGUGGAUAUCUCAACGAACGACGCACAGUCUUUGAAGCGAUUUGGCGUGCUGAACGUGCUCUAGGCAUCAGAUUUGUUCUUCUUAGUGGUGAUCGUCACGAAUUUGCUGCUACACGAUUCCCUGAUCCCGAGCUUGCGUUAUCAUCUGAUGAGGUUCAGCCUGAUACCGCCGGACUAGGUGUUCAUGAGUUUAGCGUGGGUCCUCUUAGCAUGUUCUAUCUUCCUAUUCGGACGUAUCGUCAGACGGAUUCGGAGGAUGUGGCAGUGAAAUAUGCUCCGGAUGGGAAUAGCAAGUUUGGACUUGUUGAUAUUGCUGAAGAGGUGGACGAAAAGGACUCCUCGCGGAGCUCAGUUCUUACCUACUCGCUCUAUGUGGAUGGUGAAGUUGUGUGGAAGUAUCAGCUUAGUGUUCCUGUAGGACGUGGUACUGGUGCUCGAACUCUUCCUCCGGGUCGCGUGCUCGUGGAUAUGCUGACUAGAGAGGGUUGGGAUGUUGUUUUCAAAACGGCGAUUGGAACAAUUGAAGAGAUUGGAAAAUUGGCGCUGGAAAAGACCAGUGUGGCAUAUGAAGAGUUUUUGGGAAGGUUACAAUAG